GAUAUAAUAUCACGAGACUUAUAAAAAAUAAAAAUCUUUUUGCGCCAUUUUUACUCUGAAACUGCUUCUUCUCGUGAUGCAUUUGACUGUUUUCUCUCUCUUCAUUUACUCUUCAUUUUCUCUCUCCAUUUUUCCCUAAGCCUUUCUCUCUCUAUAACUUUCUCUGUUUCUUCCCUGUGCAUUGAUCUGGAACUGGAAUCGGAGGCCAUGGACGGUCUUUCAGGUUGGUAUCACUCAGAUUAGAGAAUCUAACUGGAAAAGAAAAGGAAAAGAAAGGUGAAAGCAAAUAAAUAAGUUAGGGGAGCCUUGUUACUCUGAGAUUUCAGGAAAAGCUUGGUUGAUUACAAGACCUCACCCCAUUUAUAUUCUGGGUAUUCAAGGGAUUCAGAAGUCGUAAUUAUUUGGGGCCUUUGAUUUUGAUGGAUUCGGUGAUUGGGUUAACCUGAUAAUCUUGGGAUGGUGCUUUGUAUUUAUAGCUGAGGACUUCUGGUGCACAUUCCAAUAUGUUGUAUCUUUCUUAUAAUUGAGUGAAUUUUCAAGCCCCAUUAGCUUAUUGAGUUUUUUUCUUUCUUUUGAGAAAUUAGCUUGUUGAGUUAUUACACCUUUCCUUUGAUGUUUUCUGUGUUUGGAGAUUGUGGGCAUGAAUUGGAGGGUCCAUUUUGAAGAAAGAAACUAUGGUGUUACAUGUACCUGAUAUGGGAAUGGUUAGUUAAUUUAUUCCUAUGAAUGUGUGAAGGAGUCCAUCUUAUGUGCUUUGGUUAUACUCUAGUUGAAGAGAGAUGGGUAAGCUUGCAGUGAGUGAAUUAUUCUCUAUCUGAUAAGAUUAAAGAUUUUGAGAGAUGGGUUUCAUUUCUGAUACUUCUGAAAUUGUAGAAUCAAGUAAAGAAUCAAAUCCCUACAUGGGAGCCGAUGAUAGAGAAAAGAACCAUAUCAUGCCCAUAAAAGGAAAGCAUUUGAUAGAGGCUGAUAUUAAUCGGCUCAUUGGGGCAGUCGAUAUUAGGAGUGUUACUAGACAUAGAACGAGCUCACAGUUGCUGCAUAAGAACUCAAAGAAACCAAUGCGAGUGGGUGUCUCACAAGCAUCGGGGAUUGGCAUUUCGGAACCUGUAUCCUUGAAGCAAGCACUGAGGGGUCUGUGCAUUUCUCAUGCUUCUGAAUUGGCCACUUUGAAGAGAUUAUCAAAACCAAGUGGUUCAUCCAAUUCUUCAGAGGCAGGAAACAUCAAAAGGUUGUAUAGGACUGUGGUAGUCCAGGCCACUGAUAAUGACGAGACCUCAAUUUUGGCUCAUGAAUCCAGUAAUGUUGUGGAGAAUGGUAGUAUAGUGGAAAUCUCCCUUGUAGCAGAAGGAUACACUGUGAAUCCAUUGGAAGAGAGAGAUGGUUCUUUGCAACUGUCAAGACAGGCUUCAUUGAAGCAAAAUAAUCCAUCACCUCGUACUUUAUCUCCUUCAAUAUCAAGGCUAAUUAAGGCCAAAGCACCAGUCCACGGUAAGGGGGAACCAGUCUCUUUAGAACCCAGACGUGUGGUAUCAGCCCCAUCGACCCCAAAGUCAGGGCUAAAGGGAAAGCAAGAUUCGUUAUCUCCUUCAACUAGCAGCUCUAACAAUCGCUCUGUGACCCAUCAUUCUGAUACAGGUUCGAGCGCUCCUAAAAGUACAUGUAAGGUCAACAACUUUAACCGUAGGAAAGGAAAGCAACUUUCUCAAGUUUCCACUGCUUCGGUAUCUAGCAGCUCUAGUAUUGGCACAGAAAGUAAGAGUGUUGCUGAGCCUUGUAAACGUUAUUGUAGCCCCAAAAGCUGUAAUUCUAAGAGCCCCACAUGCCUGAGAGAGAAUGAAGUAUGCUCUAAAGAGAGAGAAGCCUGCCCAAAAGUGACUGAAACCCAAAAACCAAAAGAGAAGGGGGAGUGUUCCCAGAGCUCCAAGAGUAGCAUUGGUGAAUAUAGCAACACCAGUGGCACAAGCGAGGAAAGCAACACAAGUGGGUCUAGUUGUCAUGGCACUAGGCCACAUAUGUCGAAGGAUUCGAGGUGGAAAGCUAUACAUCUCAUUGAAAAGCAACAUGGUGGUUUGGGAUUGAGGCACUUCAAGUUGCUUAAAAAGUUGGGGUGUGGCGAUAUAGGGUCAGUUUAUCUUGCUGAGCUUAGUGGCACUGAGUGCCUCUAUGCCAUGAAGGUAAUGGACAAUGAUUUCUUAGCAAGCAGGAAGAAGAUGCUUAGAGCUCAGACUGAGCGGGAGAUCCUUCAGAUGUUGGACCACCCUUUUCUCCCCACUCUCUAUGCUCACUUUGUGACUGAUAAGCUCAGUUGUUUGAUUAUGGAGUACUGUCCUGGUGGAGAUUUGCAUGUGUUGAGGCAGCUACAAACAACCAGGAGCUUCUCAGAACAGUCAGUAAGGUUCUAUGCCGCUGAGGUCCUCCUCGCAUUGGAGUACCUCCACAUGCUGGGGGUUGUGUACCGAGAUCUCAAACCCGAGAACGUCCUUGUUCGAGAGGAUGGCCACAUUAUGCUCUCUGACUUCGACCUUUCUUUGCGUAGUUGCACGGUUAAUCCAACCCUCUGUCUCUCUCCUCCACCACCCUCUGCGACACCAAGCCCAACCCCAAAGCCAACAUCCCCACCAUCAUGCUUGCAUCCUAGUUGCAUUGACCCCCUUUGCCUUCAAUCCUCUUCAUGGGCCCAUAUUUCCUCUUGCUUCAUACCCCAAUACCACAAACCCCGACGAAACCCUAAAUCCAAUUCUGCAAAACCCACUCGAAACCCUAAAUCCAAUGGUCCUUUUCCCAUCAAAGCCCUCCCCCAACUAGUGGCAGAGCCCACAAGCGCUCGGUCCAACUCAUUUGUUGGGACCCAUGAGUACUUAGCCCCUGAAAUUGUGAAGGGAGAAGGCCAUGGUAGCGCAGUGGAUUGGUGGACUCUCGGUAUUUUUCUUUAUGAGCUUCUAUUUGGCAAGACCCCAUUUAAAGGGUUGGAUAACAGGGAUACUUUAGCUAAUGUGGUUUCUCAAGAGCUGAUAUUACCUGAAAAUCCAGGGGUGAGUUUAAGAGCGAGGGAUUUGAUUAAGGGGUUGUUGGUUAAGGAGCCUGAGAAGAGGUUAGGAUUUGUAAGGGGCACGGCAGAGAUUAAGCAGCAUGCAUUUUUUGAGGGUUUGAAUUGGGCACUCAUAAGGUGGGCCCCGCCGCCUGAGAAUUCAACAGUUGGAGAUGUGUGGGUUACAGCAUCAAGCGUUGUGAAUGAGAGUAAGGUGAAAUCGACAGUGGAGUUUGAACUGUUUUGAAGAUUGGAUGGUAGAGUUUACUCUCUCUCUCUCUCUCUCUGUCUCUCUCUCUCACUACUGCUAGUGUCUUCCUGUUCUACUUCUUUGCUGUAAAUGUAUGAUGGCAAGAGCAUGAAGGUUUGACUGCCGCUCUCUCUCUCUCUCUCUCUUUCAUCUACGUAACCUGUUAGCUUUCUUCUUGUAUGUAAAUGUAUGAUGGGAAAAGCGUGAAAUGUAUGAUGGAAAGAGUAUGGCGGUUUAGCAUUGAGAAAUGUCUCUUGUUUGGGGAAAUGAAUAGAUCUUUGCCUAUUCUUUUG